CCACUGUCCUAAAAAAACAGAGAAGAAGAAGUGGUCGAUGAGCAGGAGGCGCCAACGCGCUGCAGAACAGGAGAAGCACCAACGAAGAAGAAGAAGAAUCAGGAAGAGAAAGUCGAUCAUCAGCGUGCGUGGACGGGAUUUAUUGAUCAGAUGGAAGGUGAGUCUGGUGACAUCACGGUGGCCUCAGGAAACAGGAAGUGCUCUGCUGUCACGGGAAGUGCCCGAAAAAUCAAAGAUAACGCUGCUGACUGGCACAACCUGAUGUUGAAAUGGGAAAAACUCAAUGAGGACGGAUUCAACAUCGCAGCAAACAUCGUUAACAUAAGACUUUCUCAGAGAAAUCAACAAGAGCCGGUGGACGAGUCUUCAUCACCUCCAUCAUCUUACUCACCUUCCUCACCUCCGUCAGAUGCAGCAGGUGGAGCUGCAGAGCUGCGGGACGAAUGCUGCAAACUUCAGGACAUCAUCGACAAAAUGGUCGUUGUGGUGACGAAGAUGGAGCGUCUGAUGACAUCACAGCAAGGCAUUCAGGAUCUGGAGGAAUUUCAGUUUGGACCUGAAGGAAGAAAGUUUCCUCUGUUUCAUACCUGGAACACCAAUCAGUUUGAGUUGUCGUCUGGCGUCCUGUGGGAAGCCUUCAGUCAGGAGCUGAAGUUGAAGCAGACAGUCCUGCAGGAACUCGCCCACACCUCCACCUCUGACCUCUGCAUGGUCUAUCUGUCCUGCUGGCUGCACCAGCCCUUCAUCCCCAACCAAACCAGACUGACACUGGAGGCUUUGCUGCUGGAGACCGGACACCGCCCGCUGUGAUGUCAUCUGUCCUUUAGAGUCAUGUGAUCAAUGUCAGGGUCAUCCUUUAGAAUCCAGGUGUUAGCCUAGCUGAGCACAGGGAGAGGGCAUUAAUGACUCACAUCUCUCGUUUAUCAAACAGGUGCAGCAUCAGAAACAGGUAAACUCAGGUGAGUUCACCUGCAGCCUGGACUUUUUCUUGUCCACCAGACAUAUCUUUUCUGUCCAAGCAGCUCAAGGCCACAGAAUAACUGAAUGUUGAUAAAUAUUUAUUUAGUGGACAUGAAAUAAAAAUUCAAUUUGUCACUGACUGUAAAAGCAGUACAACUAGUUUUACUGCAGUGUUUUUCACUGCUCAGAAAAUACCUCUGAAUUUAUUUUUGACAUAUUUACAGCAAUCAACAAAAGCUUCUGCAAAGUCACCCAGAAUUAAUUAUUAAAAUUAUUAAUCCUAUCCUGCUGUAACACGUCAGUCAUGAGGGGUAACAAACAAACUGUUAAGGAACAGAGCUGGAGGACGUUCAGACAUUUCACCUGUGAUUUCUGACGAUGUUCAAACCUCCAUGGUAUGAAAUCAUUCAACACAGAGGUGAUAUGAGUUUGUCACAUCAGUUUAUUGGAGGAACAUGAAAUGUAUUUAAUGCAUUCAGCACUCGAACAAUCAACAUGACAAAUCAAUAAAGUUUGAUUUCCUCCAAACUGUU